CAUCACUAGGGUAUUAGGAUAUGCCCUGUGCACUCUUCAUAAAGACCUCCUCUAACCCUAACACAUCCCCUUCGGUUUCGCCCAGUUCUACUUCCUCCCCCUGAGUUGCUGAAUUCAAGAUGGAAGCUGGUAAGCCGGCGUGGUUGGAGGCCCUCGACAAGCAACGAUUCUUCGUGAGCUGCUCCGUGCACGAGAACGCGAGGAAGAAGGAGAAAAAUAUAUGUUGUUUGGAUUGUUGCACGGCGAUUUGCGCCCACUGCUUGCGGUCUCACCACGGCCACCGGCUUGUGCAGAUACGGCGAUACGUUUACCAUGACGUCGUCCGGUUGCAGGACCUCGACGAGCUCAUCGACUGCUCCAGUGUUCAGUCGUACACUAUUAAUAGCUCGAAGGUGAUCUUCCUCAAGAAGCGUCCACAGAGCAGACAAUUCAAAGGAUCAGGAAACAUAUGCACCUCCUGUGACAGGACCCUCCAAGAACCUUACGUUCACUGCUCGCUGGAGUGCAAGGUGGAUUACAUAUCAAGAGAAGGCAAGGAUUUCUCGCCGUACCUCAGGACAUGUCGAUCACUGCAAUUGAACCCUGAGCUCAUCACGGCGCCAGAAGCCGAUGCUGGUGGAGAUGAUGGAAACGAGACGACACGCUCGACCGUCGUCCAAGGUGAGGAUGAUGCUAUGUGCUCGUCGGACUCCGAGAAUUUUAGCAUGCCAUAUGUUAGUUUCAUCCGGAAGAAGCGAAGUGGGCUACCAUGUCAUUGUUCGAGGUCAGCUAAUAGAACGAGUCACGAUGGCAUAGCUGCAAGCAGCAGCAGGAGGAAGGGCAUUCCACAGAGAUCUCCUUUGUGUUAGAAGAAACUGCUGCCAUUUUUGUCUGCCAUCAUCUUCUUGCUGCAUAAUAAACCACUCGUUGAGUCUGUAAGUUUAGUGUGUAAAUGGCAUCACGUGACCCUCAAUUCCAGGCUUCCAUGUACAGUUUCCGAAGAGCCAGUUAAAACACCACUUAAUUAGUCUGCAUGAACUAAAGAA